AUGAGGACUUUCAGAAAACUUAUGCUGAAACCCUCCACCUCUUCUUGUUUUGAUUGACAAUAUCAGCAGCCUAGUGAUGGAAUGAUGAUCUGCCACCAGACUAUUUUACUCUAGUGCUUCAUAUAAUGGGCAUGUUUUAUGUUGCAGGGUCUCUUCCUCUUCCCUGGUCCACCAGAAUGAAAAUUGCUCUUGGUGCUGCCAAGGGCCUUGCCUUUCUUCAUGAGGAGGCUGAAAGACCAGUAAUAUAUCGAGACUUCAAAACAUCUAAUAUCCUUUUGGAUGCAGAUUACAAUGCCAAGCUUUCUGAUUUUGGACUAGCCAAAGAUGGUCCAGAGGGAGAUAAGACUCAUGUAUCAACCCGAGUGAUGGGAACCUAUGGUUAUGCAGCCCCUGAGUAUGUGAUGACAGGGCAUCUGACAUCUAAGAGUGAUGUCUAUAGCUUUGGGGUGGUUCUCCUUGAGAUGUUGACAGGCCGAAGAUCCAUGGACAAAAACCGACCAAAUGGGGAGCAUAACCUAGUGGAAUGGGCUCGGCCAUAUCUUGGAGAGAAACGAAGGUUUUACCGACUUUUGGAUCCUCGCCUUGAAGGACGCUUCUCAAUCAAAGGGGCACAGAAAGCAAUUCAAUUGGCCACCCACUGUCUUGGCCGUGAUCCUAAAGCGAGACCUUUGAUGAGUGAAGUUGUUGAAGCACUAAAGCCUCUGACGAAUCUCAAGGACAUGGCUUGUUCUUCAUCUCACUUCCAGGGCAUGCAAGCAGAGCGUGUGGGAUCCAUUGCAAAUGCUAGAAUUGGUGGUAGAGUGCAAGGUGGUUUCCCAUCAAGGAAUGUUCGACCAAGCAGGAGCAUAUAUAUGCCAAAUGGGCCACAUGUUUCUCCAUAUCACCAUAACCAGCAACCUGAUGUUGGACAAUCUUCGGGUUAAGCCCAUGUCUAUUUCUCUGCCUUUUCUUAUUUCAUUUAUGUGUUUCUGCAUGGAGAGUGCGUUAGUGAGCUUUGGAAGUUGAUGCUGAUAAGCCUGAUAUGUUCCUUUUUUAGUAGAAGGACGUUAAUAGGCUCUGCACUGGGGAGAAACAUUGAAAGGGUUUUUUUUUGACAUUUUUUGUAUCUUAUGAGUGUUUAAAAUAGUUAAUGCCCUUUCUUUAGUGC